AGGCCUUCAUAAAUUUAUUCUUUCCUCUGGACCAAACGCACAAGAGCAUUCUUCUUCGGUUUCACCAUCGAGAGGAUAGAACGGGCGCGAGGUUGCGGGGGAACACGCUGGCUUUAGCUUCUCAGUUGUGCUUCCUGCAGACCCGGAAGAAGCUCCAUGUCUCUCUCACCCUUGCGUCCAGCAUCUGCACUGCCAUGGCAAUCACGGAAGGCAGUAAAGACAGUAUGGUUCUCGCCGGCACGAGCUCGUUUGAGCGGUUUUGGUGUUAAGGCGCGUUCGGGCAGUCUUGCUGUUAAAGCGUUUAUCUUCAACCCCAUGGAUGAACCCAUCCUCAAGGAAGCUCUCAAGGAACCAGUUGCCUUCACGGGUGGUAUGUUUGCUGGGCUUCUAAGGCUUGAUUUGAAUGAAGAUCCGCUAAAGGAAUGGAUCACAAGGACUGUGGAAGCAUCUGGUAUUACAGAGGUAGAAGUGGAUGCUGAAGGCUCACAAGAAGAAGCCCCACAACAGAUUGAGAUUGAAUGACAGUUUAUUACGUUCCUGUUAUAUAUGGGGGAGAAGAUAUGUAUUCUGUCUCUACUCUAAUCCCAUGUAGAUGGUAAUGAUCGGAUAAAUAGGCCACCUUGAUGAUGAUUUAGAUUUAAGUGGCAUAAUUACAACACAAGAUAGCCGCCAAUACACGUUGAAGUCCAUUCAGGAUCUAAUGUUGUCCAGUCAACCAUUCACCCUCAAAAAUUGUAUAGGUAAAAUCAUAGGCAUUCUUUUGCUUUUGAAAUUCCAAUCUCAGGACUUGUUUGGUUUCA